CUUCAGAGGAGAGAGAUAGAUACUGUAGGUAGCGUACUGUGUACGUGAACGAUCGCCAACAUUAACGCUUCACCGCAAAAAAGCGCAGUAAAAACCAAAUUCCAUUCGAUGUCUAGUCUCCUGGCGACAGAACAAUUUAGCCUUUCGACACACUACAUUCUGGUAUGCAUCACCCGGCACAUUUCACCAGGCUAAUCCUAGAGAUAUACUUAUCAAACGAAAAGAGAAUACCGCGCAUAGCAAGUUUAUCUCUUGGGAUCUUUUAUCUUCGUUCACGCCAUUCGACGAUUACGAAAAAUUAUCGACAUGGUCUAGCUUUUUCCUUGGAUGGGAAAACUUUAUGUGGUUACUACACAAAUUCGUGAUAUUUCAACCAAAAAAUGUUAUAUUAUGUUCCCAAUAAAGUCCUGACCCAAUCCAGUUGAGGCGACCAUCACUGGAGGGACGUACAGGAGCACCAUGUCAGGGCCGAUGAUCUUGGUACUUAAAUGACCUAUUGAUAGGUUGAACGACCCUGACGAGCCAGCACAUUAUCAUUUGCAAAUCAGUUGAGAUCUGCGUAUCAGAAUUAUCAAUUCCAUCUUCAAUGCCAGGUCCCCAGUAAAUUUUUACCAAGACGGAUGCAGAUGGGAAUCUAAGAAUGGUUGUCCUUCCAUUUUGGGACAAGAUCGAAACAUAACUGGUAAACUUUCAACGCUGUUACCACACCUUUUCCUUUCCCGUCUUUCCAUGCAAUAUCCAGAUCUACUCUCAUAUAUCCACUCUGGGGCAAAGUGGCCGAGAUCUAGAAUUAUCCCCGAACCUCUUUUACAUCCCUGGUUCCUUGUGUGGAAAGGAUUAUGAUUUCUUCAAAUGUAGUCGUGGGUUUUUCCGAUUGAAUGGCUCCUCAAACAAAAUACACUCUUUUAGGUUUUCAUUUCUUUAGGGGCGUUCAUUCGUACUUUCAACUUUGCAUUGACUAACUUUUGCCCACAUUACGGUUCGAGUUUGGACGUUCGAUUUUUCGGUAUUGUGUUUUUGGAGGAGGCUUUGGGUCAUUCUCGGAGGUGUAAUAACAUUUGCCAGUGCCAGUGUCAAUACAGCUGGUUACUCUCACUGUCAACUGAAAAAGAAAAAUGGAGUCAUUAGAGAUAUUGGUACGGGCCGAGGUCGAAUCACACGCAAAUAGAGGGCCACAAAUACAAGGAGUUGUGAUAUUUUUUAUCGUGUUGACUACAAUUUCGGUUUGGCUACGUACAUAUUGUCGUGCGUUUGUUAUCAAAAAUUUUGGUUGGGAUGAUAUUCUUGCUGUUAUUGCUUGGGUUCGUUUUAUCUUCCUCAUUCAUAUGAUUGGAAAGUGUCUAUUUGCUGUGUGUGCUUGCUUGCUAACUUGCUCUCGAAAAGGCAUUUUUCUUAGUAUAUUCUUCAUUCUCCCUCCUGGCUGUAACUUAUGGAAGUGGUCAACAUGUUUGGGAUAUACCGCCUGAACAUGUUCCAAUUGGUCUUAAGGUAUUUCUAUUUCUGUUGUUAGGAUAAGUGGCUCUUUCAAGAGGUCGAGUAGUCCAACUGUAGGACCUACUCGGAGAAAAACAAGGAGGCUUCUUCAGUCAUGGAAUGUGUCCAUCUGGGGAAACUCCAGGCUCUUUCCUCGCUUAUUCAAUCUUAGCAUCAAAUGGCAUCUUUCUUUCUUGGAAAUCUUUACUCACAUUCCCCACAGUAUUGGUGGCUAUGCGAGCCCGUCUACGUCGUUUCCAACAUGGCCCUCAAGCUGUCGAUUGCAGUUUUUCUCCUGCGCCUUUCAAAUUUGCCAAUGCAUCGCUACAUCAUUCUCGGUACUCUCGUGGUGUGCGAAAUCGGAGGCAUCUUCUAUUUCCUCGUCUUCAUCUUCCAAUGUCAGCCUUCCAACUACUUCUGGACGAAGUACACUGGUGGAACUGGGAAGUGUAUAAACGCCAAUGUCCCUGUCGAUGCGGGUUAUGCAUACAGUGCUAUAACGUGCGCCACGGACUGGAUUUUAAGUCUCAUUCCGAUUUGGGUGAUAUGGAAUUUACAGAUGACGCCGAGAGAUAAGAUCAGUGUGGCUGUAAUUCUAGCUAUGGGUGCUGUGUAUGUGCUCCUCGAUUUUUGUUUUUUUUAUAUGUUAUUUUUUGCCUCAUUCAACCCCUCUUUUCACUCUACGACCAGCAUAAACUUACGUUACCGCAAUAGUGCCUCAACCGCAACAAUAAUAAGAAUUCCGUACCUGCACGACCUCUCCAACAUCGCUGAUUUCCUCUUCGCGACCGUCGAUAUAGCUAUCUGGUCUACUGCAGAAACAGGUAUCGGCAUUACAGCCUGCUCAGUUGCCACACUACGCCCUCUCUUCCGCAGUUUCUUCGCACGAACAAAGAUGUUCGGUAGCUCGACAAAAGGACCUAGCAAUCCGAGUGUUGCCUGGGGCGGCUACGGAGACACCAAAUGUAGCGGGUAUAUCAAGCAAAAGAGCCUCAACGAUGGAGGAUCAAGAAACGCCAGCUCGGGAGAAGAUAUCGAAGAAUUCAAACUCAGAGAUGAUAUACCUUUGCAUUCGGGCGUCACCACUACAAUCGUCACCGGGAAACAGAAGCCGUGUGAUGAUCUUUUCGAUGAUAUUUCGGAUAAUUGUUCUCAGCGACGUGAUGAGCGAAAAGCGCAUGAUAUUGACUUGGAACUGGGGCACGAGCGAUAUUCUCGAGCGCAGGACUUGAAUGGGAGAGUGCAUAGUAAGCGCGUUUCUAAACAUGCGGCUAAAUGGAGCGGGGGCAAAGGAAGAAUUAGAGAUACGAGUGAUGCGAGGAGUCUGAGUAGUGAUGAAGAUCCGUCUUGGGGUAUGGGGAUUACGAAAACUAUUAAUACUAAGAUUAGUAGUGUGCGGAUGAGUAGAGUGGGUGGGGGGAAGGAAUAAUAGGGGUAAUUAGAGGUCAUUUAAUUAGGGGUUAAAAAUUUAUGGUUGCAAAUUUAUUGGUUUGCGGUUGAUCAUGUUGGAUUGUAUUAUUAUUAUGAUGAUGAGUAUGGAGUAGAUAGAUAGAUACCUUGGUGGGUCGAUUCGGACUUCACUUCACUUCAUGAUUAAUUGAUCGGUAUUUAUGCGGUUU